AUGGCGUUGAGAUUGAGUGGUUCUGCAUUCAUCACUGGCGCAGGCUCGGGAAUUGGCAAGAGCACAGCCCUUGCGUUUGCCCGUCACGGUGUCACUAAGCUAGCUCUUCUGGACUUAAACCGCGACAGACUGGACGAUACCCAAAAGCUUUUGAGAUCGCAUCAUCCCGAAAUCGAUACAAUCAUACUCGAGGGUGAUGCCUCAAUAGAAUCAACUGUUCAAAACAGCAUUGAGCUCGCGGCAAGUAAAUUCGAAAGAAUCGACUAUGCUGUCAAUUGUGCGGGAAUCAACGGACCUCAUGUCCCCUCUCAUGAAUUACCGUUGAAUGAAUGGCAGGGAGUACUUGACACUAACCUGACUAGUGUCUGGCUAUGUCAGAAGUAUCUCAUUAAGCAGAUGCUUGGCCAGGAGACUCGAGGUGUUCGAGAAGGUCGCGGUUCAAUAAUCAAUGUGUCGUCUAUGUUCGGGAGGGUGUCUCCUCCAGGGGUCAUACCAAUCACUCCAUAUGCAACAACAAAGCAUGCGAUUCUUGGAUUGACAAAAGCAGAUGCCAGUACAUAUGGUCCGCUCGGUAUUCGAAUCAAUGCCAUUUGCCCUGGCUAUGUUGAUACCCCAAUGAUUCAACCAGUCUUGCAGACUGGUAUGCUGGACCCUGAAUUUAAGAGCACCCCCGCAGGUAGGGUAGCGAUGCCUGAAGAGAUCUCAGACGCUAUCAUCUUCUUAGCCUCGCCGAUGGCAAGCUUCAUGUACGGAGUGGCACUUCCUGUGGAUGGUGGAUACUCAUUAUAG